GAAACACUGAAUGCCUCCUCAGUAAUCACAUACUCUAAGGUACGUUGCCGUCGCAUAGCAACCACUCCGUUGUCCUUCGCUUAUUGGAUGCGCCGAUGGGUUUGACCGGAAGUGGAGCGGCGGCGAAGAGGCUGGAAAUAGGAGCUCUGGUGGGGCAGUUUGGAGGGACUGGUGGAUGGCGACUUUGGACUGAGCGAAAUGAACUUCACUGAGACUGAAGCUGCAUGGUCUGUUUUACGCAGCCCCCAAAGAGUUAUCUGCUCUUUCUCGUUUCUCAGAUCACUGAAACGGACUUUUCUGAGAACUGUGUGUCAGAUGUGAGUGCUUCUGGCUUGCCCUCUUGGAUUGGUGAGGUGCCAGGAAAUCUGCUCCACAGCGAGAGGCAGGAGAGUUGUGUGUGGGGUUUGGACUUUGGCCCCCGCUGGGGCCAGACGUAUUUAUUGGCUGUUGCUGCUCGAACAAAGUCGUGUGGAGUGAUCUGUCUAAUGAGUGAUCCAGUGCUUGCAGUCCCGUGGCCCAACACCAUGGUAGACAAGCCAAAUCCAUUCAGCCCGUUGCCCUCAGCGGGGGAAAUAGUGUUGGACAGCCCUCUAUGUGGGGAGCUAAUCAAGGAAAUGGAGGAGCUAGAGGACAUCUCUCGAACCUUCAGCGAUGACACCUUCAACUUGCUGUGCCUGCCUGACUUCCAGGAAUCCAGCACUAGUUCCAACAGCUCUGCUACUCUCGAUGUUUUGAGCCCAGCCUCUAGUCCGUCCUCAGCAGUCUGUGGAGCAGUCACAGGGCAGGAUGAAAUCAACCCCAGCCCCCUAAACCUUGAGUGCCGUAUAUGUUCAGAUCGUGCCUCAGGCUUCCACUAUGGAGUACAUGCCUGUGAGGGGUGCAAGGGCUUCUUCAGGAGAACCAUACGCCUGAAGCUGGAGUAUGACAAAUGUGAGCGCCACUGUAAGAUCCAGAAAAAGAACCGGAACAAGUGCCAGUACUGCCGUUUCCACAAGUGCCUCGCCGUGGGCAUGUCCCACAACGCAAUUCGUUUUGGGAGGAUGCCACAGUCUGAGAAGCUGAAGCUCAGAGCAGAGCUGCAGAUCCCUGAGAAAGAAGAGAGAAAGACGCAGCUGGAUGACUGGAAGACUCUGGCCAGCCAAAUCCACGAGGCCUAUCUUAAACAGUUCCACCUGAACAAGGCUAAAGCACGCGGCUUUCUCACUGGCAAGACCAACAUGCCACCAUUUGUCAUUCAUGACCUGGACACACUACAGCAGGCACAGCCUGUUCUGGUCACCCAGAUGCUGAGUGAGGGAAGGGAGGACUUUGCACUUAAUGUUCAGGGGCAGGAGACUGAGGAUCGCCUCUUCCACUGCUGUCAAUACAUCUCGGUUGAAACGGUCACGCAGCUUACCGAGUUUGCCAAGGCUGUGCCCGGCUUCCCCAGCCUCGACCUAAAUGACCAGGUGACACUGUUGAAGUAUGGUGUGCAUGAAGCUUUCUUUGCCCUGCUGGCCUCAUGCAUGAACAAAGACGGGAUGCUGGUGACACGGGGCAGUGGCUUUAUUACCCGUGAAUUCCUUAAGAGCCUCCGCAAGCCUUUCAGUGAUAUGAUAGAGUCCAAGUUCCAGUUCGCCAUGCGCUUCAAUGCUCUGGAGCUAGAUGACAGUGACCUGGCACUGUUUGUGGCUGCCAUAAUCUGCUGUGGAGACCGACCAGGACUAGGAAACGUGUCACAUGUCGAAUGCAUUCAAGAAAGUAUCAUUCAUGCUCUGAGGCUCCACCUGCAGACCAACCACCCUGAUGACACCUUGCUCUUCCCCAAACUCCUGCAGAAACUUGCUGACCUUCGGCAGCUCGUAACAGAGCAUGCACAGUUAGUCCAGGACAUUAAAGAAACACAGGACGCGUCUCUCCAUCCACUACUACAGGAAAUUUAUAAGGAUAUGUACUGAACAUUGAACUACAGGGUGGAGUUGUUGGUGUAGCAGGAUGUGAAGUAGCCUAUGCCUAAAUAAUGUCCUCCAUCUUCAGGACUGCAACAAGAGGAUUAACAGAUUAACCUGCUAGUGGAUUAACUGAUUAAACUGUAUGGUUGUACACUAAUAUGCAGCCCCAGUGGACAAACGUGCAAGACUGUAGUUGUAUGCAGUGCCUUUUACUCCACAUGUUGUGGAUUCACUACAGGGAAUUAUAAAGCUGAGUGCAAAGUUUGCAUACCCUUAGAAAUUUUACUAGUAGCCAGACAUUUCAUUUCUUGCGUUUCAUGCAUGUUUGUCCGUUAACUAAAAUGUCCAAAUUAUGUAUAUUACUAUAUUGACAGUAAAAUAAAUAAAUAAAUAAAUAAAUGGGGGAAAAAAUCAUUAACUUGUAGGGCCACCUUUUGUUUUUAUAAUUGCCUCCAGCCUCCUGUAUAGCCUGUGAACAGCUUUUGGAUCCUGUCAGUUUUAACAUUGGCUCCACCUAGCCCAAUCUUUGCCCAUUAUUCUUGACACGUCUGUUGCGACUCUCCUAGAUGACUCCUUUCUUCAGAUUGUGCUUGGAGAUCGUCAUGCUCAAACAUUUCUGUACAUUUUGCCUGAUGUUUCUGAUUCCUUGGAUACACUGCAUUUCAUGUUUACUUUUUUCUAUUUUUUUGUUGUAGAUAAAUCAUAGAAUAGAUACAUUACAUUUCUUCCAUUAAAAUGUAUCAUAGGGGAUACAAACAUUUGCACUCAACUGUAUGUAUACCUUUGUCAAAUUCAAACAAACUGUUAGGACUUAUUUGCGUGAACAGUUAUUUAAUGCUUUCUGAGAGCAGCAUGUGCCACAUGGAAAAUGUAUUCAUAAGUCUGUUCUGAAUAUGAAGUGUGAUUUUCAUGCCAUGCUAGAAUACAGCCUACCCACACAGCCCUCAUGUAGGACCAAUACCUCUUUUUAAAUGGCAUAAAGGACCAUGUAUAGUAGUUUUGUACUACAGUGUACAGAGUGUAUAGCACUCCAGCUGUUAUUAUCAAAGGAUGUUAUUUAUUUUUGGAAAUAAGAAACCUGUGUAGUUAAAAAAAAAAAAAAGAAAGAAAAAAAGGGGGGGGGGGAUUACUUUAUGAGUGUCUCAAAGGUAAAAAUUGAAACUGCCAGCCUUUUGCGUGGUAAUAGCACAAUAAGGUAAAAGCUAUAUUUACAGUUCUGCUCAGUAAUUACACAGGAGUAAAGUAUUUGAAUGUUUGUUUAUUAUUAUAUGUAUCAGGAAAUAUAUUGUGUAGAUACUCAGGGAGAGUCAGAGUCUGAUUUACACUAGAAUAGAUUACUCAUCUCACUGUAACAGCAGGUACACUAAUAUACGCACUUAUUUUAAGGAAAUUGGUUAUAAUGCUUUUGAAUAAAUGCUUUUUGUUGGUUUUAAUGCUGUUCUUUAUGGGGGAAAAAAGAAAAAAAUUGUGUUUGUAUGUGAAGGAACCGUGGUUAAACUGAUUAAUGUGCUCUAAUAGAGUAGUUCUGUAUUAAAACCUACAAGAAUUUAACAGUCUAGAAUCUGCAAACCAAAAAUAAAUAUGUAUAUACAUAC